AUGUCAACCCGUCCGUUUGUUGUUUGUCGUCGUAUGUUCGAACUGCUACCCCCUUUUCCAGCCGGCCACAACCACACGUCUCUUGCCUUCAAGAGAAACAUAUUACAAACCCCCACCCACCAGAGGGCACCCUCGCUCAAACGUUCUUCAUCCCUGUUGAGAUUUGUUUACCCUGCUUAUAAGUCAAAGUCUCCUGGAGUCACGUCCGCCCAUUACAAAGUGUCAACUGUCGGUCAGUCUAUCCUUCUAUCAAUACCAAUAUCUUACAUCCUAUCGAAGAUACUCAUUACGGCUCGCCAACAUCGAUUAAUCUCAUCUAUCUAUCUAUCUAUCUAUCUAUCUAUCUAUCUAUCUAUCUAUCUUUGUCCAUAUCUAUCUAUCUAUCUAUCUAUCUAUCUAUCUAUCUAUCUUUGUCCAUCUAUCUAUCUAUCUAUCUAUCUAUCUAUCUAUCUAUCUAUCUAUCUAUAUAUAUAUAUAUAUAUAUAUAUAUAUAUAUAUUUAUUAUUAUCUCCCUUUCUACCCCCCUCUCUCUCUCCCUUUCUACCCCCCUCUCUCUCUCCUUUCUACCCCCCUCUCCCUUUCUACCCCCUCUCUCCCUUUUCUACCCCUGCCUCUCCCUUUCACCCGCUCUCUCUCUCCCUUUCCCCCUCUCUCCCCUUUCUACCCCUCUCUCUCUUUCUUCCCCCCUCUCUCCCUUUCUACCCCCUCUCUCCCUUUCACCCCUCUCUCUCCCUUUCUACCCCCCUCUCUCUCUCUUUCUCUCUCCACACACACUUUCUCUCUGUUUCUCUCGCUCUUUCUCACUCUCUCUUUUUUCUCUCUCUCUAUUUAUAUAUAUGA